ACGAAUUAUUGAAGUUACAGUACUUCCGGUUGGCGCAUGCGCAAGAAAUUUUAAGCGCAAUAUUUUGAAAGAUGUCAAUAAUGUUUUGAUGUCAUGAUUUUGUGUGGAUCUGUUGACUGCAUGAAAGAAGUUUAGUUAAGAACUAAAGAUGAGUUUUGAGUUCAUUAUACCUGCAACCAAAGAUGAUCUUCUCAAUAAGACAGAGAUCAAUCAGUUUGUGGUUGAUGAGAUCCUGUCAUUUAGAGAAAUUCCGGGUGCUCUACAAGCAAUGAAAAGCAGUUUUCGCAGCACUGGAGCUAAAUGUUUGCUGGAAAAUUUUGAUGUUUUGUUCAGCAUACUUUGUUUACGGAAAGAUGUGCAACCUGAUUUAAAGGAGGGUGCUUGGGAACUGAUUCUGAAAGUUGGAAAGUCUCUGGCCACAGAUGUAGCAAGUGCAUUAGAGGACACGUCUCUAGAGCCGGGAUUUCGUCUGUCUCACCUGAACCAGGUGAAGAUGCUGUGUUACCUUCUCUGUCAGUACAUGGAAAUGUUUGAAGAUGAUAGCAAGGAGAAGUCUGACGUCAUCACUACAGGAAAGGGCCGGAGUAAGAGCGCCAAGAAAUCAACGGACAUGGUCAUUGAUUGGGAGGUGGAGAGAGAAAAUGGUGUCAAGGCCCUGCUUCAUUUAGUGUCUCUGAACAUUGUGAGACUUUGGGAUCCACCCAUAGCAGAAGUGGAGUUUGUCAACAUGGUAACAAACCUGGUGUACAAACUUUUAGAGAAUCCAAUCAUUGUUUAUGUGAAGGCAAAAGAAACGAGGACUGCUAUUUUUAACAUUGUAGGAGUUAUGGUCAAGCGCUAUAACCAUGGACUCAGUGCGAGCCUGAAGAUCCUGCAGCAGCUACAGCACUUUGAACACCUGGUCUCUCCUCUAGCUGAGCUGACUAAUAUAAUCACUACGGACUACAGUAACAAGGGUGUGGUGGCAGAGAUCAUGAGGGAGAUAGGGAGGAAGGAUCCAAAGGACCUGGUCCGAGAUAACACAGGGACAAAGUCAUUUGCCACUUUUCUGGUGGAGCUGUCUGAAAAAGUACCAGGGGUGAUGAUGUCAAAUAUUAGUGUGGUGCUCUGUCAUUUGGAGGGAGAGUCAUACACAAUGAGGAAUGGUGUCCUGGGGGUGAUGGGGGAAAUCUUGCUAAAGGUCCUUAGUAAAGAAGACUUAGAGGACAAACUAAAGGACACUCGAGAUCAAUUCUUAGAGAAACUGGAGGAGCAUAUCCAUGAUGUGAAUGCAUUUGUCAGAAGUAGAGUACUUCACAUUUGGUUCAAUCUUGUGAAUGAAAAGUGUCUGCCUCUCCCACGACACGAGCACCUGCUAGGACUCUGUAUAGGUCGAUUACAGGACAAGUCAUCACAAGUCAGAAAGCAGGCCAUACAACUGGUCACUGCCUUCAUCAAGUCCAAUCCAUUUGCUGCCAAGUUGUCAUUGGAGGAUCUUCAAGCAAACUAUGAAAAAGAAAAGGAGAAACUGGAAAGCAUGGCUCCCGAGGAACAACCCAGCGUGUUGGAAGACUCCUUGAUGGUAAAGAUUGAUGAGGAGUGGAAACCGCUAGAGAAGAAGCUAAAGAGAGCUCUUAAGAAAACCGAGGAAGAAGAGGAGGAGGAGAAGAUGGAGGAGGAUGGCAAUGAAGAUCUGAUUCAGGAUGAAGAAUUAGCUAACAGUGUGAUGGACAGGAUAUAUAACCUGCUGACAGAGGAGAAGUUCACAGAAGCUAAAGCCUUACUGGUGGCUUUCAAGGAUGCCUUCCCCGACAACUCCUUCAUGCAGGAAAUGGCAAAAGAAAAUCAAAGUGAGACAGACGUGGAAGCUUCACAGGAUUCUACAGAUGUCACUUCGGAUGUAACGUACCUCAAGAUGAUAUUCUACGGUCACAAGAAGCAAAGUCUCGCAAUAGUGUCGGGUAUAGAGGAAGAGAAAGAAAAGGACCCUAUUGUUAAUGAGGUUUCCAAACAACAAGUGCUUGUACAGUAUCUGAAGGACUGCUGUGCAUUUGCCACUCAGAUCCAGGCUGCAGUUCCUGUGAUCUGUCAGCUGUUGGGAUCCAAGACUGUUACAGACAUAUUAGAAGCCAUUGAUUUUUUUGUGACUGGGUUUGAGUUCGGAGUCGCACUCACAAUGAUUGGGAUACGUCGUAUGUUGCAUCUGAUCUGGUCGCGUGAGACCAGCGUAAAGGAGGCAGUAGUGUCAGCCUACAGACGGCUGUAUCUCAACCCACAAGGAGGAAACCAGAGAUCAAAAGCAUUCUCAGUUGUCAAGAAUCUCACAGCUCUGUUGUCAGGAGCCAGUCUAGGAGAUCUGACAUCUUUAGAAGGAUUGAUGAUAGAGCUUAUGAAGUCAGGGGAGAUAGACCAGAGUGUUAUACAGAUGUUGUGGGAGAGGUUCGCUAUGAAGGUUCCCAACACCACAGUGGAGGACAGCCGUGCGGCAGUGACGCUGCUCUACAUGAUUGCAGGGGCAGAUAUGGGUGUGGUUAAAAGUAACAUAGAUGUCCUGGUGAAGGAGGGACUCGGAGAGAGAGCAGACUCUGACCUCGUUCUAGCCAGGGACACCUGUCUGGCUCUUUUGAAGAUUGGGCCACCUAAGAAGGUCCAGGGACAGUUACAGGCAGAACCACUGCGCUUCUGCCAGAACCAUCAAAUGUUUAAUCGACUUCAAACGCUGCUCAUCAAUGGGGUUCAAAUGUUGGAUAACCCAUAUUGGAUUCCAUUUGGAGAGCAAGCUGUUAAUGUUAUUUACAAGUUGGCAGAACAUCCGGACAUUAUCUGUGGUGAUAUCAUCAAGGCCUUGGCGAAAGAAGUCAUUAAAGCUGAGAAAUUGAACCAGACUCUGAGUGAAGAAAAUUUGAUGGAAGAGGAGCCAACAGAAAGUCCACCAGAGGGCGAUCUGGAAGCAGACAAGCAAGAGAGCAGGCCACCGAGUAGUCAGCCAAGUAGUCAGCCAACCUCCUCUGCUACGGUGAUCCUCACUAGAUUGAUCUCAGUGGCAGGUCAUGUGGCCUUCCGACAGAUGGUUCAUUUGGAUACAUUUGUGUUUGGAGAACUCAAACGACGACGUGCAAUACAGGAACAAAACAAGGAGAUGAAGACACCUAAGUCUGACAGACGAGGAAGCAGAGUGGACAAAACCACCACAGCAGAGGCCAUUGAGGAUGAGCUGGGUCUGGCCGGGGCCGCUGAAGAGGAUGCUGACGCUGAGUACAUCCGAAAAGUGUGUGACGUGGAAAUCGUCACAGGGGACACUUUGUUGGGUAGUAUUGGUCCACUACUGGUGACAGUGUGUACAAACCAAAGCAAAUACUCGGAUCCACACCUCAGGACAGCCGCCACACUGGCUUUAGCCAAAUUCAUGCUGGUCAGUUCUGACUUCUGUGAAAGUAAUCUACAAUUGUUGUUUACUGUUUUGGAGAAAUCUCCAUAUUCCACCAUACGAGCCAACACAAUCAUCGCCCUGGGCGAUCUGACCGUACGAUUUCCAAAUCUGAUAGAACCAUGGACCUCGCAUAUGUAUGCCAGAUUACGAGACGAUUCUCAGACAGUAAGGAAGAACACCCUCCAGGUCCUGACUCACCUUAUCCUGAACGACAUGGUCAAAGUGAAGGGUCAGAUCAGUGAAGUGGCCACAUGUGUAGUGGACCAUGACGAGAGGAUCUCCAGCUUGGCCAAGCUCUUCUUCCUUGAACUCUCUCAUAAGGGCAAUGCUAUCUACAACAUCAUGCCAGAUGUGAUCAGCCGUCUCUCUGAUCCUGAUGUUGGAGUAGAUGAGGAAAACUUCAGGACCAUUAUGAAAUACCUGUUCUCCUUUAUCCAGAAGGAUCGACAGUGCGAAAGUCUAGUAGAGAAACUCUGCCAUCGAUUCAGGGCCACCAAGACUGACAGGCAGUGGAGAGAUUUGUCUUUUUGUCUGUCCAUGAUGUCAUACAGUGAGAAAUCAAUACGUAAACUCCAGGAGAACUUCGCCUGUUUUGGGGACAAGUUAUCAGAUGAGGAGGUCUACAGCUGUUUCUGUACCAUUAUCAGCAAAUCUAGAUCUUUUGCUAAACCAACAGCAAAGACACUAAUUGACGAGUUAGAGCAGAGGGUGCAGCAGUGUCACACUAAAGGUCUGGAGGAAGGAGAAAUCGCAGUGAAAGCCAGUCAGGCUUCACAGGCAGUCAGUCAGACCAAGGGGAAAUCGAGGACCAAAAUGUCCAAAACUCCCGCCAAAGGAAAUACAUUAGCUCGGGGUAAGUGUGGUGGGCGGCGACAGAUUGACAGCAGCAGUGAUGAUGAUUGCGUGGAUGGUGAUGAGAACAUCACACCUCCUGCCCAGAAACAGCGCACCCAGAGGCGACAGAAACAACAGAAACCCAAAGUUUCCUUUGAUUCGGACUCCGACAGUGAAAUAGAGCUGUUUGACCUCGAUAAAUCUUCCCAAGGUACUCAGGGAACAGGUGAGGGUGAAGAAUCGGAUGAUUCGGACAUUAUACCCACUAAGCGCACCGGGAGGCGUGUCCUUAAUUCUCCGCGCCGAAUUAUACCCCUCCAGGACCUCAAUGGUGACGUAUGACAGGAGUCACAACGUAAGCUGCCCAUCGACUGAAUAAUGGGCAGUGGAAAUAGUGAAGGAGAUUCUCGUGAACUUUCACAUCAUCCUAUUCAUCAUUAGGCACCAAACAUACUGUGUUAUUUAACUUUAGUAAAGACAGCAAUAAAACUAUUUAAAAAAAAUGAUAGUUUUCCUGAGUAUCAAUUAAAGAAUGAAGUGUGAUGAUUACUGUAGAGUCCUUAUUUGAUGUGAGUAUGUAAUAUUGUGAAGUGACUCGUAGACAUGAAAUCACAACAACAUGAAUUUGCGAGUGGUCUCUUGAUUUAGAGUUUUUACAUGUAUUUUGGCAACAUAAAAGUGAAAGAGAAUAUAAAUUUUAUUUUGCAAGU